AAUAAAUAGUCUGUCCCUCCCAGUCUCAUUCAAGCAAGUUGGUCUCGAAAUAAUUCCAUAGAAACCAGUUGCUUGUUAACCUCAUUGCAAAAUAGUGGCAAAUGAUUGGUUUAAAUUAUAUGUACAUUUAAUUUCGUUAGAUUAGUCAACGCAAAAUCCCAUGUUGUUCGUGUAAAAUACGGGAAUAGCUCAGUGCGAGAAGCGCUGUUAAAAAUGAAGCGAGAACAGUGAGAGACGGUAUGCUUAAUAAAAAUUAAUCUUGAACAGUAGACGGAGAACUGGAAAAUGUUCACUGAUAAUGACAAAAUGUACUUUAGUAAAAACAAAAGUAGGGUUAAGUACAAAUCCCUCCUCAGUUGACCUAACGAACGGAGUAGCUUCCGUUACAACACAUCUGGAGGAAGAUCAAAAAUAUUUCCAAUUGGCCUAGUUCUAAAACUUUGCGCUGUAGCCUGUGCAACAUUUGUUCAGACUAAUCUGCCAUAAUCCCAAUUGCUUUUGUCAUUUUUCAGGAUUAUGGAAUAUUGGAUAAUUCCGUGGAAUACGUGGCAACUGUUGUGCUUUGCUGGGGAAAUAAAACGUAUAGAGAGCAGAGAGAGGUUGUAAAGGAUUUUAUGAACCUACGGGAGAGUGGUCUGAUCCCUUGGUAUGUCACGAUCGAAGACAUGAAAGCAUGGAUGAUCUCCAGAGAUCAAAAUAUCAUCAAGGAAAGAUUCCAGAGGGAAGAUUCAGACAGAAAGGAUGACCUGAUCUACCUGGCAGUGUGGAAAUGCUGGCGUUGUACCCCCCAGUGCCUUUGCCCUGCAUUAUCAGUACUUUUACACUAAAUACCCGCCUCGUUUCGAUGCCCGCGCCGUUGUCCAGCGGGCACUGAAGGACAUUAUCCACGAGCUGGCGUACCCGCCCGCCUCCCGUCCGCAGGCCCUGCCAGACGUGGUACUGGACACGGUCGCCUGCCUGUUCCAGGUCAUAAUGGAUGAGGGCGGGGCCGGAGGCGGAGCUACAGAGGAGACGGACAUGAGGCUGCUCAGCGGCAUGGCCGUCGGCACGGUGAUCUCCGUGCUCUGCGAGGUCCGCGCUGACGUCCACCUGACCGUGGAGUUCCCGUGGGCUACCCGGGCCAAAGUGGUGGCCUGGGUUCUCACUGAGCUGCAGAGGAACGCGGGUUCCGCUCAGGCCCUGAAGGGGGCGCUGUGCGCCAAGGAAACCCGCACCGCCGCUGCCAUAGCCACAGCGGUCACCGUGGAGAUCAGACGGCUCUGCCACGCUGCACACGCCUCGCCCAGCACGGCCAUGGCAUUGCCGGCACUUGGGGAGGAGGCCGUCGCUGGGGCAACAGCGACUGAAGAAGUGGAAUCAGCAGAAAGGCAGGAUGACUCAGCUGAGCCCCCGCUGGACAAUUCGGGAACUGCAGUCCCACAGGUGGUUGUGAUGGAGCAGAGGGAGUUGCAGGAGACCCGCGACACCGCCGCCGUCUCCACGGCGAUCGCCGCUGCCGUCCCCAGCGCUGGCAUGACAGUGAUGGAGCGCGGAGGAGACGCCGUCGCCGGGGCGACAGAGAGCAAGGAAGUGGAACCGGCAGAAAGGCAGGAUGACGCAGCUGAGCCCCCGCUGGCCGAUCUGGGAACUGCAGUCCCACAGGUGGAUGUGAUGGAGGAGAGGGCGAUGGAAGAUGCUUGUGCUGUGGAUGCACAGAAGGGGCCAGAGGGGCUUGCGGAGGGAGACUGUCGGCCAGGGGACCGCCCACAGAAGCGGGGAAAGAAGAGUGCAGUGUGGAGGUUCUUCGGCAGGGUUUGGACUGCCCUGAAGAGCUCCCUCUGCUGCUGCAGUGUCUCUGAGGGGCGGGAAUGAAGGGGUGUGGUCCAGCCCCCACCCUCCCCCUCCCUACAUAGACCCAACCGCCCCUGCCCACCUCUGCCCUGCCCCCCCUCCCCCACCCCUGCCCCGCCCACCUCUGCC